UUCGGAUUAUGCCUCAAGUAUCAACUUUACCACCAUGAAGCUCUUUUCUGUACAAUUGUUCACUCUGCCUUGGAACUGUAGCUUGAACUCAUCAAGCAACAUUGAUUGAGAACAUUCCCAGUGUCAAACGUUCAUAAUUCGCACACUUCGUUCCUUUUAUGGCGCGGUAUCGAGAACUUCGCAGCAACGAGAUCAGAGUCAUCAGACUCUCGACGGAUCAAGAUGAUCCCAAAUUUGCCUCAGGGCCCAUCCACUGCAGUCUGGAAUACGUUUCCCUGGAAGAAUCCAAUCCGAUCACGAAUGACGACCAACGACGCCUAAACAAGCAUUUCACUACCUGGCCAUGUCCUAUUUCAGAAGACAUUGAGUCCCAGCCUGGGUGGCAAGACAGUCUCUGGCGCAAGUCAGUGUGGAGAACGCCGUCAAGCGACACAAAAACCAACUCCAACAGCACAUCAUCCUUGGAUCCCUUGGACGAAGGUACUGAGCUCCUGUGGCGCUACGGAUGGGGUGACUAUGUUGCAUUGUCCUACGUCUGGGGCAAUGCUACAGUGAAAAGCACAAUAUUCGUCGACGGUGCACCGAUGGCUGUGACACAGAAUUUGGAAGCUGCUCUAUGUCAAUUGCGCAACUACCCUCGUAUCAAGCAAGGAUUCAGAAUUUGGGCGGAUGCUAUCUGUAUCAAUCAAGACGAUCUUAACGAACGGGCAAAGCAAGUUACGAGAAUGCAGCAGAUCUACGCCUCGGCGAUGCAUAUUGUGAUAUGGCUUGGGCCAUCAUCAGAUGAUAGUGAUCUCGCCAUGACUGCCAUACGAUAUUUCGGCAUUCGGUCACAGGACGACAACCCACUCAAAGAGGCGUACAAGAGGGUGGAGAAGGAGAUGUUUGUCAACCAUCCACAUUUGAGAUGGAGACACAACCACAUAUAUGUGAGAAUGCCCAGAAAGGUAUUUCGAGGAAUGUACCAUCUCCUUGCCAGGCCGUACUUCCGCAGAUUAUGGGUACUGCAAGAGAUUGCUUCUGGUGCUCGAAGCACACCAGUCAUGUGCGGGGCAAAGUGUGUACAGCUGGAUGAUAUUUAUCAGACUCUCCGGCUCGUUCGGGACGUGGAUGGGAACGAGCUUGGGAGGCAAAUAAUCCACGCUGUCAAUGGACCUGGUGCAAUGGGACGGUCCUGGGAUAGACUGCCUGGAAGGAUUGACACAUACACCAUAUCAGAGAAGCUGUGGGAAAGACCGAUUGCCAUGAUCGAGGCUCAGAAUGUUCCGCAGACCCUCACGAAAAGUGCAAUUCAUGACACGAUAUUCGACGCUCUUAUCCUCAGCCGCGAGGCUGAUACUGGCGACGAGAGAGAUCGUAUCUAUGGAAUUCUUGGUCUGCCUUGCUUAGACGCGGUCGUCAAGAUGGUCCCGGAUUAUCACCUUCCCGCGAUUGAUACCUACACCAUUUUCACGAAAACUCUCCUCAGUACAGGCUACUUCAACUACUUGCGUCUCGUGGCCAGUCCAGUACCUGCGAUAGAUACCAAGUACUUCAAACCUUCCACCUUGAGCCGUCCCCGGAAACCUAAGUUCGUUCGAUGCCCUGAAGUUGUGAACCUAGGCUGCGAACAUGGUUUGCCAUCUUGGGUUGUGUGUUGGUCUUGUCCAAGAAACCCUGCUAUGAAUCUUUUCAACCACGGGUCGGCCGCUUUGAAAUCUUAUUUUGUAGCUCCUGUAUUCCGAAAUCAUAACUUGAUGACAGUUCAAGCCGUUCUAUUCGAUAGUAUCAACAGCCUUGCUGCCUUUCAUGCAACGGAAUCAGAUCGCAGCUACCCUCUCAAUGGUCCCGAGGUUCAGAGCAUUUACGGCAAUGUAGCUGGCACUCUAGAAGCGCUUUGGCGGACAAUGACUGGUAAUUCGACACGUUCGGGUGCUUCUCCUCCACCCAGCUUGAGCUCAAUUCUUGACCCCUCAGUCUGGGAAAUGGGAAUAGGCGGUCUCACCACGAGACGUGCACUCUUCGGCCUUGAUAGUUUCUUUCAGCGCAACAAGGGUUUGCGCCUCUUUGAUCGGUCGCUGGUUCAACUGAUCAAUUAUGAAGAAGGAAUCACAGAAAGUGGUCGGGAUCAGGAAUAUAGGAGAUCGAGAACUCAGCAAGAUACUGGGUACUGGAAAGGGACUGCAAGUGAUAGACAAUACCUGCGUGAUGCGACAUUGUGGGCAAUGAAGAUUCUGGCCUGGAGAAGAUUGAUCUCAACCAACGAAGGAUACUUGGGACUUGCGCCUGCAGCGGCUAGAGCUGGAGAUACCAUUGCGAUUGUACCAGGUUGUGAUGUGCCAUUAGUGCUACGACGGAAUGGUGAUUGCUUUCAAAUUCUGGGGGAAUCAUACGUACACGGGAUGAUGUCAGGAGAAGUUGUUAAGAUGUUGGAGCAGGGCAAAAAGAAAAUGAUUGAGAUCACACUUUGUUGAUACAAGAAACUACAAAGACCAGUACGAUU